AUGAAUGUUGACGAAUGGGAGAAAGUACUCAAAGAGGCAGGCCUUGCAUCCGAAUUCAAAGACGUGAUAAACGGUUUCAAAAAUGGCUUCGACCAAGGCAUCCCGAACCAUAACCUUGGACCGGCGAUUCCCUACUUCACACCCCCCAACCAUCAGUCAGCUCUCCUGGCACAAGACAAGAUCGAACAAUCAAUGAAAAAAGAGGUCGAGGCUGGACGGAUGUUUGGCCCAUACACCCAUGAGCAACUUAUGAAGAAAUUUAGCUUCUUCAGAACUAACCCAUUAGGAGCAGCAGAGGACCCCUCAACCCCUUCAGUAAACUCCUUCGUCAACAAACUAGAUUAUGCAACCACUUGGGACGACUUCGAAAGCGUCUCAAAGUUCUUCCGUCAACAAUCCGAGCCACUCCUCCUCACCUUGUUCAAGUGGGAGAAGGCGUACCGCCAGAUCCCGACGGCCAAAUCCCAGUGGGCAUAUCUAAUGGUCCGCGACUUCAAUGGAGGGAUCCUAAUAGAUACCCGCAUUGCCUUUGGAGGGGUCGCCGGCUGCGGCUCAUUUGGGAGACCAGCAGACGCAUGGAAACAACUAAUGCUCCAUGAGUUUGACCUAGUAACAGUGUUCCGCUGGGUGGACAACAACCUCUUUGUGAAACACCCCAACUCCACCGUUGAGAUGGAACACAUUGUAGCCAGAUUGGAAGGAUUAGGAGUCAAGACGAAUUCGACCAAGUACUCCCCAUUUAAGGAGAAACAAAAGUACAUAGGUUUCAUAUGGAAUGCAACAAAGAAGUCUGUAAGAUUACCGGACAACAAGAAGUACCAAAGGAUCCAGCAGCUCAAGGAAUUCCUGCUACCGCACUCAGAAUUCUCUUUCAAACAAGUCGAGGUAAUGGCGGGUGUUACCUGA